ACUCGUCAGCUCCUUUCUCUCUCUUGGCUUCUUCGCCUUCUCAACGAAGCAAGGCAAGCAAAGCGAAGCAGAUCAGGCCCAGCCCUAGGGGUCCGUCGUCUCCGGUGAACGACCCGCGAGAUCUGUACCCGCCGGCGGCGGCAAUGGCUGCGCCGUACGACGAAGCGGCGUGGUCGGAGGAGGCGGCCCGGCGGGCCUGGGGCGGCGCCGUGCCGCUCCAGGUCCACCUCCACGAUGCUGACGUCACCACACUCCCCCCACCUCCGCCCUUCCUGACAUUAGGGCGAAGAAUUGGGUACUUGCCCCUGUUGGUACCUGUUAUAAAGGCUCAUUUCAGCAAUGCUCUCCCACCUGGUGUUGACACUGUUUGGUUUGAAUAUAAAGGGCUGCCAUUGAAAUGGUAUGUACCAAUUGGAGUUCUUUUUGACCUUCUAUGCGCAGAUCCAGAAAGACCAUGGAAUCUAAUAGUUCAUUUUAGGGGAUAUCCCUCAGAAAUUUUAUCACCAUGUGAGGGUGAAGACAGUGUGAAGUGGAGCUACAUGAAUUCCCUGAAAGAGGCCACCUUCAUCAUUACUGGAAACAGCAAGAGUGUGAUGAAUAUGUCCCAGGCUGAUCAAGUUGCUCUAUGGGAAUCUGUAAUGAAAGGUAACUUAGAUGGGUAUAAGAAUAUCUCCACCAGGCUUAAGCUUGGACCAUUUGAAGAGGAUGGCUUUGUACGAACGCCCUCCAUAGAGCAUCAGCGUCAACAAAGUUCUGAUGAGCCUGAAUCUCCUGGAUCUGGCAGGCCAUGCAGAGUCCCUGUUCGACUAUAUGUGCGUGUUCAAGAAGACCUUGAGGAUAUAGAAGAUGCAGUACCUCUUAGUGACUGGGAAAGCGUAUCCUACAUAAAUCGGCCAUUCGAGAUUCGGAAGAUUGAAGGUAGAAGCUACAUUACCCUGGAGCAUGCAUUGCAAACAUUGCUCCCUGAGUUCUUCAGCUCGAAGCCCGCAGGUAGAGCUGACGACUCUCAACAUGUGGAGGCACUGGAUUCAGUUCUUGAUGAUUCAGAUAUCACCAAGAAAGCUAAAGUGAAGCUAGUAAGGGUGCAGGGAAUUGAGCUCGACAUGGACAUCCCGUUCCUUUGGGUUGCCAAUAGCUUGAAGAACCCUGAAUACUACCUCCAUAUCUGUGUAUAUGUUGGUACAAGGAAACAAUACUCAAGAGUAGAUGGAAAAUGUUAGAUACCUGUAGGAGCGCGAUCCAGAAAUAGCUGGUUUUGUUCUUUGGUUAGCCAGUAGACACUAUUUGUACAGAUGCUAAAAUCGUAACCUUUUUUUGGUGUUGAUGCACGAUGCAGGAAUGGAAUUGGUUGAUGGACGUUUA